AUGUCGAAAAGUCAAAUAAAACGACUUCAUCAACAACAAGAACUCGAGAAAAGCGUUAACUUGGAGGAUGAAGACGACAAUCCAGUUCCUGUUCAACGGAAAGGUCCGGCGAAUCGUUUUGCCUUUUUCGAUGAUGAAGAAGAGAAGGAAACUGGAAGUCAAUCAGAUGAAGUGAACGAAGAAGGAACUGAACCAAGUUCAUCCGCUCAAAAGAACAAUAAGAAAAAGGCGAAAAAGAACAAAAAGAAAGUGAAAAAAGGAACAGAUGAGCCUGAGGAAACGGAGAAUCAGAUGUUGGCUCGGCUCGCAGCUAUGAACGUGAAGGAGGCGAAAAAGGCUGGAGCUGAAGGAAACACAUCAUCAUUAGAGGAGUUAAUGAAAAUCGACAUGAAACUGUUUGACACCUCAGCUGAAGUGAAGCGUAAGCUUGGAAAAGCUUUCAAGGAAGUUGCAUUACCUGGACAACCAGAAGAACAUUCUUGGCCUCAGGGGAAAAGGGCUACUGGACGAAUUAUAAAGAACAAGCCAAGAUGGUUCCCAGAUAGGCCUUACGGUGUUUCAAUGGUUCAAAAGCAAAAAGAAGGAGAUAAUACUUGGUUCACACUUAAACAUAAUACAUUCUAUGAGCAGAGAGAAAGAAUGUUCUGGAUGGCCGAAGAUGCAAUGAAUGUUGGAAUCAUUCAGGAAAUUUUCAGCGAUGCUCCGUAUCAUCUCAAUUCGGUUCUAAUGUUGGCUCAUGUGAAUCGAAUGAGUGAAGAUUUGAAUCAAGCGGCUGAUAUGAUUGAACGUGGAAUUUGGUACGUCGAUCAACACGCCGCUCCAACUUUCGAACCAUUCAAUUGGCGUCAUCGAAUGGACUAUACGGAUUAUGAGAACCGUGUAUUCUAUCUAUUACUUCAUCGUCACAUGCUCAAUGCAGCACAUAAAAGAUGUUGGGAAACUGCAUUGAACACAGGAAAGCUUAUAUUCAAACUGGAUCCAGUCAGAGAUCCGCUCGCAAUGAUGUCCAUUAUCGACGUAUUUGCUUUGAAGGCAAAGCAAUACACGUGGAUUCUUGAUGUGUUUGAAGCGGCGAAAAAGUUCAAGAAGUUGCAUCUUCUUCCAAAUUGGCCGUAUUCCGUAGCUCUAGCUAAGUAUUUCGUGGCAAAAACAGAUGAAGAUAAAGAACAAGCUGAAAGCGAACUCUGUACAGCAAUCCGUCAUUUCCCGUCUGUUGUCGUUGCUAUCAUGGAUCUUCUUCAAAUUCAUCCGGAUUCAGCAGUGAUGAAUUGCAAGAUGUUGACCUCGUUCACAGCUGACAAUGAGCAUGACAGUCUGAAACUACUCGUUAAAAUCUACACAAAGCAAACAGAAGAAAUAUGGAAAGUGCCUGAGACCCUACUAUUUUUGGAGGGAGCUACACGAAAAGUUGCGACAUCGAAUGAUUCGAAAGAUAAAGAAGAAUGUGACGAGUGGAAAGAGAAAAGAUUCAAAAUGUACCACGGCCGUUCUCCGAACGUUGACCGUUUGGGUGAACUUCUAGAAGUGAUUCCAUCAACAUCAAUUUCGGAUCCAGUUCCACCUAAAAAUGGUCGGUGUGGAUAUCCGAAAAACGGGCAGACUGCACGUGUACUUGCUGACAAUAGUUUUCUUGGUGGAUUAUUGCAUUCUCUACUCCCCCACUUUGAUGGAGAAAACUCAUUCCAAGAACAAUUGAAUCGAUACGGUAGUGACUUCCUUCAAUUUAUCAUGAAUCAAUUCAAUGGACCUGAGAAUGGGGACCCUGAACAGGUGGCAGCCAGAUGGAUGGAACAUAGAGAGGGCCUAGAGCCGAGAGGAGCUGGAGACGUUAUUCAAUUCCAGAUUGAGGAGCCAUUCGAAUUGCCUCGAAUCCCAGGAGAACGUCGCGAUGAUCAAGAAGAACAAAAUGACAAUGAUCGCGAAAAUAAUUGA